GUUUUGUUCUUUUACAAUUCUUCAAAAAUUGAAUUAAAAAUGUGAUAUUAAAGACAACUAAGUUGUAUGUGAUAAUGAUAAUCUGUGAGACUGAGAGUGCUGUUGUUCCUCUUGAUCUUGUAUUCUUGACGGCGGGAGCCUCCUUGAGCUGGUGCUUAUGCGAACAAAGAAAUCGGGCGAGAUUGCGUUGACAAGAGAGAGAGAGAGAGACGUGAGCUUCCGCUCUCUUAAAUAAAAGGUUCACACAAGAAGGUAGCGCGGAACUGCUUUUCAAUCUUGUGCUUACCCUAUCUUCUGACUGUAUUCGGGGAACAACAAUGUCAAUUUAUUCGAAGGUUUCUUGUGGAUGUACACGACAUGACACAUAGAUUAUAUCUGCAACUGUCGUCAUCUUCAGGCCCAUAACCACAUCGCUGUAGUACUAAAGGAAGGAAAAGCGUGUCGGUCUAUUUAGCCUGCCAUAGGCGUUACUCACGCCAGAAGCAGUCGGUCGUAUAUAGCUGCCGCGUCUUUACUCGGGUCGCUCCGGAACCAGGCAGCUCUGAGUUGCUACGUGGUUCGAAUGAAUGAAUGGACCACGCGAUUGAUUCCAAUUAAUUAGCGAUAAUUCGAAAUUGCAACAUCGAAAAAAAGUACCAUUUCUACGAGGACUUAUUUAGCUGACGACCUAGAUGUUUCAAUAAGUCUUCUCCUAAAUUCAUGGCUGUUUUCCUUCGUAAAAAAUGUUUGCAUCUUCUUCUUCAUCUGCAC